UUGUGGCGGUUGUGGAGGUUACUUUCGUUCUGUAGAUUCGAGUGAAUUCCGUACAUGUCAGAAGCUGGAUCGAACUGAGGUGAUUCAUUCAGGUGCGGUGAAGAUAUUUAGCGCAUAGCGCGGUAGUCCGGUCGCAUUUCGUCGGUUUCAAAUGCUCCGUGCUUAGUAAACAACGAAAUGCCCCAAUUAGUCUUCGAGUGAACCGAACCGACUGCGGUGACCGAGAACCAAUAGGCGCCACGAAUUGUGCCCCAAUUAGGAAAGUGCAACGCGGAGUGCAUGGAAUUUGACGCGAAAUCCAAACAAAGGGUUCGAAUAGAUUCACGCUGCGACCGCGAAGUGCUGAGUGCGAGUUUUCGGUUGCGCAAAGUGGAAAUGUAAGCAAGCGAGUGGCCAAGUGCAAUGCUUGCAGUUUGAGUGGCUCCGGAGCGAGAAGUGCAUCAAAGCUUUGUGUGGAUUAGCAGUGUUUCCGUCCUUGAUCCGAGAUAAAAAUGGACGAAACCGCGGAAGCUCCACGACCAGUGCCACGACCAAGACGCAAUAUUCCAAACCUCACAUUAAGUCAAUACGAAAACGUAACAAUCGACUCGAUUAACAAGAAUAUUUUAAUUAAUGAUCAAAAUUUACAAAGCGAAACACAAUCAAAAGUGCCGAACAACAAAGCUUUCCCUUCAACAACUGAAGACAAAGAUAACAACAAAUGCAUUCUCACGGAGACAAACAAUCUGGCAAAUUCAGAUAAGAAUCAAAAUGUUCAAAGUGUUGAAGUUCGACCUAUCCCAGCGCCAAGGCGUCCUCCGCCAAACAACAACACCGAGCAAAUUUAUGAGAAUGCCCAACAGUUGAGUCCAAAGUCAACGGGUGCCAUUAGUAAAACACAAAAUGUAGUUGUAAGGAAAGCUCCAGAGGUCCCGAAAUCGGUGAAUACAGAACCUGAAGUUCGGGAAAAACCAGCGAGAACAUCCCCUAGACCUGUACCAACACCUGAGUAUCCACUAGAAUUUAGUGAAUCCAGAGCUAAACUUAAGAAGUCCGUUUCGAAUAGUACACUAGACUCAUCAAUAAGUUCCACGUCUAGCACUAGUGAUAGCCAGAAAUACAAAAAUCCAUCGCCAGGUCAACUACUCAAAUCAAUCGGCAGCACAUCAAAGUUAUUAACUGAAGCAAUAACAGAAAGGGUAACACACAAGGCCAAAAAUAUCCUCGAUAAAAACUUCAAAACGUCUCAAGAGAAAAUAUCAACAUGGGGAUCGCAAACAACAUCUCGAUUGAAGAACGUUCGACAGAAAAUAAACAAUCUUAAUAUAAAUAAUCUCUCACUUUCACGGAAUGAAAAACGCGAUCCUGAUUUCGACCUAGAUCGCCCACAAACUCUUCCUCCAAACGAUCAAGUUUUCCAAUCCAUUAGCUUCAACAGUCCAUUGAACAAAGCAAGUAAUCUGUCAAACCUUGCUACAAUUGAAUCGUCUUAUGAGAUUCCAAGAAGUAUGCGAUCCCCGGGAAGCUAUCCAAUAGACGGAGCUGGUCCUCCCUCUUACGAUGACUCUAUAAGAGGAUUGAGUUAUUCACUGACAGAUCCGGACCAAUCAAUUGAUCAUUCGUUCGAGAGAAACACAAGUAUGACUCAAUCACUGAACAUUCACCACCCUAUUGAAAAGCCACUAAGGGCUAACCGUUCCCCCGUUGCCAUGAACAGAAGCGUUCCUGAUAUCCCGAAUUUAGUAAUUAAAGAAGAACAAUCAGAGGAUACUCACAGUUCAAGUGAAGGUCUACCAAUGCCGAAUUAUCCACCGCCAGUGCUGAAACAUGAGAAUAUAUACGGGAAAAUUAAUUUGAUAGAACCUCCAGCUCGAACAAAACGAAAGAAGAUUUACGAAACUAUAGAAAUUCGAAAGCCUCACGUGGAAGCAUCUUCCAAUCGUGCUACAAUUGAUUCAAUCGAAAUUCGUGAAACAAUAGACGAUUCAUCUCGGGACGUGUCGAGAGAACUGAACGAACUCAUAACAGCUAAUGAAAAAAUUCUUCCCAAACCAGAUCGUAGUGAAUCGUGGACAUAUCAUGAGAAUAACGAUGAUGAGUGCAGUUCUCCUGAACCCAUCUAUGCUAAUCAGGAAUCAACUUACGGAAGGCUUUGUGAAAUGGAAUCCGAUGACGUGGACGUUCCACUUACCCCAAAGCCAGAUGAUGUUCAAAGAGCUACGCCUACUGAAGAUGUCCUGACACCACUUGCUUCGACACCCAAGUCGCCUUCUCCUAAAGAAAUACUAUAUGAAUUCGAUCCUCUUUUGAAAAACAGAGGAAACACUAUUGGCAAAGGUAUGAAUAAAAGCAAUCAAUUAUUAUUGCUGGAGAAUCUAUUAGAAGAGGACACUUAUGGAACUGUAAACCAAGAGACAUCUGCAGUUGACGACCAAAGCAUCGACUCCUCGGAUGACGAUAAUGGUAUCGCUUCAUCAAUACCCCCACCUCCAAAACGAAUGGAUUCAUUGGCCGAGUCUACAUCUACAAAUCAGCCUGAAAUUACAAGGAGUGAUAAUAUGCAAAUCGUUCAUCAAAAUCCCCAUCUCCGGUCCGAUAGUCUAGAAAAUAUAAUAGAAGAACAAGAUAUGGAUGCAUAUUUAGCCAGAACUGACAAUAAUCCUACAAUUAAUGAAGAAGUGGAUCUUUCUCGCCCAUCUCAACCGCGUAGUCAAUGGUUCGUUGAUGAUGCUGCAAGCCAACCUCGAAUAAAUCCGUUUAAUAAGCAAGUAGUCGAGAAAGGAAUGCCAGAUAAGUUGCCACCUGGAGUGCCGCCCCCGUCCUAUUCCGAAGCAAUGGCAUCGGCAACUACGAAAAAUUCAACGAAAAACACGGACAACAAAUUCCCACCUAUGCCUGCCUCUGCCGAAUCGCAACCUAAGACAUCUAUGAAGUCAAUGUUCUCCAAUGUUUUCAACAAAAUGGAAUCGCUUAAACGUAAAACAAGCUUCCGAGGAACACGUUCAUCCGAUGUUCAUAUAAUUUUGGAGAUGGUACCUAAACCCACCUUGUCACAACGAAUGGUCUUGCAUGAAGGACAUUUGAUUCGUCUUCCUUCUGGGGGUGUUGAAGAUAUUCUAAAAGAAAUGCAAAACCGUGUGGCAUACCUUCGAGAUCGGAAAUUCGUGACGUUUGUCGAUAAGGAUAUGAAAAAUCAGAAGGAAACAUUUUCGCUUGAGCACAUUACCACUAUUCAGUGCGUUAGUAAUCAUAAGUUUAGCAACAAUUCCAUGCAAAUGUACUGUUUCGAAAUAACAACAGCCAUUCCGAAGAAUCAGAGCUCACAGCAACAACUGUCUAAUCCCAACAUGGUAAUGACAAAUACGAACAGUGGAAACAAGAAAUUGGUGCGGAGCUGCCAUUUAUAUGGUGUCGCGAAGGAGUCGGAAAGAGAUAUAUGGAUGCAUAAACUAAUCGAAAGCCUUACAAAUGUCUUCCCACGUAACUUAACAUGUAAAUAUUAUAGAGCAGGGUGGUGUUAUUUGAAGAGUUCUAUAACGGCCCAAUGGAGUGGAGCCUGGUUGCUACUGCAAAAACGCAAGCGCCGACUAAUUUACUAUUGCGAAUCAGAUAUGAACACGGAAAAGUUAGACUUGCGGAAAGCCCGAUGGAUAAACUUGAAGGAAAGCGACGAUUCAAUUAAAAACCUUCACGUAGAAUCUGGACCGAUGCUAAUGGUCGAUUGCCCUCCAUACAGUAUCUAUAUGAUCAUGAGCUCAUCAAGAGAAACCAAGAUCUGGCGUCACAUAAUCCGUGAAGUGGCUCAUAAUAACGGACCAGCGCUACAUGAACAACAACUCACAAAGUACAAUGUACCCGUUCUAGUGGACAAGUGCAUAAACUUCGUCUACAUACACGGCUCAAUGACAGAAGGAAUCUAUCGGAAAUCUGGAUCAACUGCAGCCAUCCAGAAGUUGAUGGGCCUAUUUAGAACGGAUGCUUUUAGCGUUGAAAUGACUCGUAAUGAGUACAGCGAACAUGAUGUAUCCAACGUGCUUAAACGUUUCAUGCGAAGUCUACCACAAACACUCCUAAGUAAACAUGCUGCCAGCUUCAUAAGCAUUACCAAGCUCAAUUCCAAAGUCGAACGAAUAACUGCUUAUAAAGAACUCUUAAAUCGACUAUCGGAUAUUGAAUAUCAAACGCUGAAGAAAUUGAUUGGUCAUCUUGCUUUCAUUCAGUCACAGAAAUCGAAGAAUAAGAUGAGUGUCGACAAUCUGGCGAUGGUGUGGGGACCAACGCUAUUCCAAAAUUCUACAAGUGACGAGAUGGGAUAUUCACAGAAUGAAGCCGACGUUGUUAGUGAUUUGAUUACGCUGUAUAAAAACUUGUAUCAAUUAACGCCAGAUGAAGUUGUUAAAGAACAAGAAAUGCUGGCCUGCUUGCAGAAAUAUUAUGCCGCUGCUGAAAACCUUGCAGAUUCUCUGAAACAAUCAGGAGAUCUAAAAGUUUGGAUUACCCUAAAUGCCAAUCCGGAAAACACAAAAGAGGAAAAAACACAAAUCAAUGUAACAUUAACUCCUACAAAAACCGCUUAUGAAGUAUGCAGAGAACUUGCCGCAAGAAUGAAAUUAUCCGCUCAUCAAAUAACCCUUAAUGAGGUCAUUCUCAACGAUAGUCUAGAACGACCCCUACAUCAUUCCGAGCGGGUUUUCGAUAUUGUCUUACGUUGGUCAUAUUGGCCUGAGGCUGAUCGAAAAAACAAUUAUUUGGUAGUGAAGCCGAUAAAAACGAUCCACGAAAUAAAUCGUGCACUAAAGCAUUUGCCGACAACCACCUUGAGUACUGAAUUGAAAUUUUCCGAUAAUAAAACUAAGUCGCUGAAGGUCUAUCAACUCGAAUUAAACGAUGGAAAGAUAACUGUUCUGAAAAGGGAGAAAGGUUUGCCAACUGUUGUUAAGGAAAUAUCGUUGAACGAUGUUACCGCCUAUAUAGGUUGUGAGAAGAAACGAGACUGUCAAUGUCGAUGGGCCAUUACAUUAAUUGAGAAGAGUAAUAAUAAGGUAUUAAGAUCUCGUGAUUUGCCAUACAUUGGACACGUAAUAGCUGGAACUGAAUGUCACGACCAAAUCAUUUGGUUGUCUGCAAUAUGGGAUAGUUUAUACAGAGAUGACAUAAUGCCGCCAGGUGAAAUAAUAAUUCCAUAGAAUAAAUUUGAUCUUACCUUUUAAGAAAUAUAUAUUUUGUGAUAGAAAAUGUGUCUUACUCGUCUAUGAAUGAUAAUUAAGCAAAACCUAUGAAAAUUGUAAACAUUUUUGUGUGUAAUCCUGCCAUUAUAGCAGAAUUUUACUAUUCCUACAAUAGGUGAAUUUUAUAUACACAAAUUGCAAUUUAAUACGUGUAAUUCGCAAUUCAGUAUUUUUGACUCGCAAUUUAGAAUUUUAGUAAAUGUUACCCUUACUUAACACUUUUUCAAAAGAUUCAUUUUUUUGAAAGUUAUAAUGAUUCAUGAUGUCAUGAUUCAUUUAAUUAAAAUCGUCAAAUGUCCUUGCAUAAAUAAUGAAAAAACUGGAAGAAAAGCAUUUAUUGUUAGAAAUUUGCGACUUUCAUAGAUUCAAAUUUUAUUAUAUAUAUAUAUAAGUUUUACAUAAUUUUAUGAUAUAUUGUACAUAUUUGUAUUUUUUAAACGAGUUUUUUUAAAUAAAAA